CAGAGAAACAAACGACUGAUUUCCAGUUUAAUCCACUCCCUUUAAACUUUAAACCCACGAAAAAGUUCAAUUUAGUUGGAUUACAUUAAUUUUGUAGAACAAAAAAAUGCAGCAAAAUCAGAGAAGCUCGUCAUCUGGGUCAUCGCAAAGCCCUAGAUCUCCAAAAUCUGAACAAUUUCUGUCAGUUUCAGUCUCUGAUCCUGUCAAAUUGGGCAAUGGCGUCCAAUCUUACAUCUCUUACAGAGUUUUCACUAAGACAAAUUUACCGGAUUAUCAAGGGCCUGAAAAAAUUGUCAUUCGACGAUACAACGAUUUUGUUUGGUUACGAGAUCGGCUUUUUGAGAGAUACAAAGGCAUCUUUAUACCCCCUCUUCCAGAGAAAAGUGCUGUUGAGAAGUUUCGCUUCAGUGCUGAAUUCAUUGAAAUGAGACGUCAAGGAUUGGAUUUAUUUGUUAACCGGAUUGCGUCACAUCCUGAACUUCGCCAAAGUGAUGAUCUGAGGUUGUUUUUGCAGGCAGAUGAAGAGACAAUGGAGAGAGUGAGGGCUCAAGACCUUGGUAUUUUCAAGAAGAAGCCUUCUGAUCUAAUGCAAAUCUUCAAGGACAUGCAAUCCAAAGUAAGUGAUGUUGUUUUAGGCAAGGAGAAGCCUGUUGAAGAAUCAACUCCUGAGUAUGAGAAGAUGAAACGUUAUAUCUUCGAGCUUGAAGAGCACUUGGCGGAAGCGCAAAAGCAUGCCUUUCGCCUUGUUAAGAGGCAUAGAGAGCUGGGACAAUCAUUAUCAGAUUUUGGAAAGGCAGUCAAGCUCUUGGGUGCCUGUGAGGGAGAUUCUCUUGGAAAGGCAUUUGCUGAGCUUGGCACAAAGUCAGAAGCAUUGUCAAUCAAGCUACAAGCAGAGGCCCACCAUCUUUUAAUGAACUUUGAAGAACCUUUGAAAGAUUAUGUUCGUGCUGUGCAGUCUAUCAAGGCCACUAUAGCAGAGAGAGCUACUGCCUUUAAACAACAUUGUGAGCUUUCCGAAACCGUGAAGCUGAAGGAAAUAAAUCUAGACAAGCUGAUGCUCACAAGGUCAGACAAGUAUGGUGAUGCUGAGGCUGAAUAUCGGGAGUUAAAAGCAGCAAGUGAGGAAGCAACUAGAAGGUUUGAGAGCAUUGUUCGAUUAAUGAACGAAGAGAUGGCACGCUUUCAAGAACAGAAAACCGAAGAUAUGGGGUUAGCAUUUCAUGAAUUUGCCAAAGGACAAGCACACUUGGCAAACACCAUUGCUGAAGCCUGGAGAGGUUUGCUUCCAAAGCUUGAAGCGUGUUCUUAAUUAUUGAACCCAAAAGGAAUGAAUGGGGUGGGUGGUCCGCAGGAAUGCCAAGUGCAUCUGUUUCACUUGUAAAGUAUUUUCAGAUUUUAUUUUUUUUCAUUUCUGUGUUGUAGCAACAUCUCAGAUUAUCUGGAGAUUCUAAACUCUAACUUGUAAAACACCCAGAUGAAUUGCAAACUCAGGAAUGGUGAAUUAUGAUGUGUUGUAUUGUGCACAUAGAGAAGACUAACUAACUUGUAUGUGCGUCUAUGUAACAUUUGUCAAAAUUGUGUAUUGGUUCAACUUAUGCACCAUAAAUUUCAGGAUUAAAUGAUUGUUUUGUGGCUCA